AUGGCAGCGGCUUCGAACAUGUCUCUAGCAGGUCAAUGUACAUCUGCCACGUUUGGUACGCCAAAUGUAUUUGGUGCCGAAGUGCUUGCCAUCCAAGCAGCCCUCGUCACUGGCUACUCCAGCAACGUUCCACAAGCCUACAACUUCAACCAUGGGCCCAUUACCGUCACGAACGCCAGUUUCUGUAACGUGACUAACUGGAAUCGGCGACUCCAAGCUCAAGGCGGUGGUGGAUGGGUGUCUGGUCGUUUCCUCCUUUCUGACUAUGGCAUGGCCGGCGCCAUCGGGGAAGGGUACGCGACUGUUACGACUGACGCAGGCGUCACCCACGACCUGACCCAGACGCCCGCGAAGUGGGCACUCAACAGUCCAAGCAAUGUGAAUCUAUACGGACUGCAGAACCUAGGUUCUGUCUCGCUCAACGACAUGGCAAUAUUUGCCAAAGAUUUGAUUCAGAGCUACUAUGGCGAGCGUCCUGCAUAUUCAUAUUGGAAUGGUUGUUCCCAAGGCGGCCGGCAAGGAAUGAUGCUUGCGCAACGGUACCCUGAUGCUUUCGAUGGUAUCGCGGCGUCGGCGCCAGCUUUCAAUUGGCCUGAAUUCAUUGGCUCCGGGCUUUGGCCAGACCUCCAGAUGUGGUGGGCUGGAAAAGCGCCUGAUUUGUGCGAGCUAGAUGCCAUUCAAACGGAAGCUAUCAUUGCAUGUGAUUCUCAGGAUGGUAUUCCCGACGGCCUUCUCUCAGAAUCGAAUAAUUGUAUCUUCAAUCCUUUCUCGGUUGUCGGAAAGUCUUUCACCUGCGCGUCGACAAACAGCACAAUGGUCAUUAGCGAGAUAGCUGCUCAAGUUGCAAAUGCCUCCUGGACCGGUGCUACAAGCACAGAAGGAGAGCUUCUCUGGUAUGGACCUAAUGUAGGAACAGAUCUAACAGGGCACACAUAUGGAGAAGGCUCCGGGAUAGUGACAACUACAUGUACCAACGGCACAUGUUCAGUAACCCCAUACUCCCUCGCUGAGCAAUGGACAACAUACUUUGUGGAAAAGAACGCCAGUUUCGACGUAAGCAAAAUGACUGCCGAAGACUUCCAGACGGCCUUCCAUCAGGGGGUAAACCAGUUCACGUCCAUGAUUGGAUCGAAUGACCCAGACUUGCGUGCAUUCCACAAGAAGGGACGAAGGAUCAUGGGUUUCCACGGCCUCGCCGACGGAAUAAUCCCUACCAAAGGCACCGAACACUACUACCGCCGAGUAACAGAAAUCAUUGCGGAAGUACAAGAUUUCUACCGCUACUUUCCAGCACCUGCAGUUGGUCACUGCUUCGGUGGACCUGGUGGUGUGCCUACCACUCUGUUCGAUUCACUGCGAGCCUGGGUCGAGAACGGAACAGUGCCAGAACACCUGCCCACCACUUUCACUGACUCUUCAAACAAGACAAACACUAGAAUCCUGUGUCCAUAUCCCAGAAAAAGUGUCUACGAUGAGUCAUGUGGAGAUUCUACAAUCGCCGAGUGCUUUUCCUGCGUCUGA